AUGGAUGUUCAGAUUAUGCUGUUCCGAUGGAAGCCGCAGCUGGGCACUGGGAGGACACCGCAAAAGUACUCCGCGAGUCCUAAAGAACCAGCCCCGCCGGUUCCCCAAAAGCAGCAACAGCUGGUGCCGCAGACUUGGCAGAGGGUCACGCUCCACGGGGCGUCGUCGUCCGUCGCCGUCCGCAGAGGCAACAAGAUGGAGAGUCCUCACGAGCAGCAGCAGAGCUUGCUGCUCUCCAGGAUCAUAACAAACAUCGAGAAGCUAAACGAAGCCGUGAUGAUGAUGAACAGGAAUCUGCAGGAUGUCAACGUUCAGAAUAUGAAUGUCGAAUUGGUUGCGCAGAUGUUCAAGAAUUAUCAGUCAAACGUUCUCUUUCAUCUUGAAGCGCAUAUUGCGAAAGCACGCACCAAGCACGCGGUCAAGGAUGUGGCAUAG